UUGCGCAGUGGCCAACCAGGAAGUAGGCGCCACAAGCGCGGCACAAGCUCUUCCGGGUUAGCCUUGAAAUCAACAAACAUACUCAAAAAUGAUUCAACUUCAUUUCACUAAAGACUCUUUACCAGAUUUUGUCAGCAGCGACUUUCAGAACCUCAACAAAUUCAACGAGCAGCAAUUCAUUCGCCUGGUGGAAAUACUGUUCCAGUUUUUGUUAGAGCCGAAAGAGACAGAGAAGUUCACGCAGCAGCUGAGUGGAUUUGCAGGAGAAAACAGGAUGAGUGUUGGCCCACUUAAGAACCUCAUGAAGAGCAUCAUCCUUGUGCCACAAGGUGCGAUGAAGAGGAACCUGACGUGUGAGCAGCUCAAAGAAGACCUGCAGACAUUAGGACUUCAUGAAGACAAGGCAUCACACUUUUCCCAACAGUGGGCGGAGCAUAGUGCGGCCCUGUCACGACUGGCCGUGAGACACACUCUGAUGGUCAACCAGCUGGUGGACAUGGAGUGGAAGUUCGGAGUGACUGUCGGCACCAGUGAGAUCCAGAAAGUGAGCAACAUCUUCCUGCAGCUAAAACUGGUGGUCCGCAAGGGGAAUUCCACAGAGAACGUCUACAUGGAGCUGACACUCCCUCAGUUUUAUAACUUCCUCCACGAGAUGGAACGAGCCAAGGCCAGCAUGGACUGUUUCAGCUGAGUCUGUGUGUGUGUGUGUGUUUUGCUAGAUGUCAAUCUGGUGUGAGCCAUGACACAUUUCAGUCACGUGAACAGGUAUAUUUUGAAAAAAGCAGACAUUUUCUGUGCUUGUCUGCAUGAAAACUGCAUAAGGGGUCACUAAAAACUGACUUUCUAAAAACGCCACUUUGUGUAUUAUUUUAUUCAAUAUAGAAAUAGUCUGUUCCAGGGUCAAGCUGUGGCCAACAACAGGAAAUGUUUAAGGUUCCCUAGCACCCUAGCUCCCAGGGUGUUUCUAUUGGACACAACCUGUCUCAUAGGAAAUAUAAUAAUCUGUUCCAGGGUCAAGCCGUGGCCAUCCAAACAACUUUAUGGUAUGUACGCAAUGUUUUAAGCCACAUUUUAGCAUUCACUGUCACAUGUAAAAAAAGAAGUGAAGCAGUGUGUAACAAAGCUAAAAUAAAGUAAAACUACUCACCCUUAAUGGUUGUAAAUAUUCAAUCAUCUGCACCACAACACCCACUGUAGCAAAACUGCAACACAUGAUCAAACAUUUUUGUCAUUA